AAAUUACUUAGGAUGUCAUCUGCAUUUCACAUUCAUAUAGGAGGGGCUGGUGUAAUGAUUGGUGAUAUGUUAUGGAAAUUGUAUGAGAAAGAGCAUAAUGAGACAACACAAAAGAAUUAUAUUUAUCAAGAAGUUGAUGGAAAUCAUCAUCCAUAAACACUUUUUGCUGAUUUAGAUGACAGAAUGAUUUAUGAAGUUUAGAGAAACAAAUAAAUAAAAUUUAAGAAGAAUUCAUUUCUUAAUGGAAAAGAGGAUACAUCAAGUGUCUAUUCUAAAGGAGCAUAUACAAAUGGAAAAGAAAUUGUUGAUGAAGGAUUAGACUUUAUUAGAAAACAAGUUGAAACAAUGGAUCGAUUAGAUUAAUUUAUAAUCACAACUUCAAUUAGUGGAGGGACUGGGUCUGGAUUUUCUAGUUUAUUAAUGAGAAGAUUAAAUGUUGAUUAUGGACAUAAAAUUAAAACAAAUGGUUUUAUACUAUUUCCAUCCUCAGAUAUGUCUAAUAGUGUUCUUGAAAUUUAUAAUGCUAUGUUUUCAAUAAAAAUGACAUAAGAAUUUUUUCACAGUAUCAUAAUGUUUGACAAUUAGUCAAUGUACAAUGUAAUCGAUUAACAAUUAGAUUUAGAUUAUUUAGAUUAUUCCCAUUUAAAUAAUGUGAUUGCACAAAUAAUUAGUUCAUACACUGGAUUAAAAAGAUUUAACAAUAUUAGCAAUUCCAAAUUAUUUUAAAAUAUGUGCCCUUAUCCUAAUUUGCAUUAUUUUAUCCCUUCUUAUGGGAAAAUGAGUUCAAUAAAUGAUUACAUUAAAAAAAAUUAAAAUCAAGCUUAAUUCAUAAAAUAUCUCACUUAAAAAUCGAUUAAGCUUUAUUAAUGUCCUAAUAAUCCUCAACAUCUUUCAACAACUUUACUAUUAAGAUAACAGGAAGAGAAUCCUUUUUAUGGUAAAUUUGAUCUGACGCUUUAAAAUUUAGAACAUUUCUAUAAUUAAAGCCCUCGAGUUUUUCAAUGUACCUCAUCUAAUUAUUAAGUAUUAUCUGAGUUGGCUUCAAUGAAAUAAACUGGAAUAUUCUUUUCCAAUGAUGCUUCAAUUGUUUAUAGAUUUAGAUAGUUUGGAUAAAAGUUUGAUUAAAUUUAUGCUAAACGAGCUUUUGUCUGGACAUAUGUUACUGAAGGUCUUGAAGAAUGGGAAUUUAGUGAGGGAAGAGAAUCUUUGGCCUAAUUAUAAGAUGAAUAUAAUCAAAUUAUAACAGGAUCUGAUUAUCCUAAUGGCAGUAAUCUUAAUCAUCAAUAAUGAG